CAGUAAACUGAUUCCUGAAAAUAAAAACUCGAGAUGGAAGGAAUUGACCUUAAACAUUAUCACGAUGAAGAGUUUGAUCACCAUCUACUGAUAGAAACGUAUGUUGGUCAUGAUAAAACGGAUUCCAAAGAGGAACUGAUGAAAAUGCCACAGCAAAAAUUAUUUGAGGUAUUGUCCUCAGGUAUGUUCAUGUCUAAUGCCUUUUUUAUUGCUUUUUUUUUUUUUUGUCAUUCAAUCUGUAUUAAAGAAGCGCUGUCACUUGUAAGGUCUUUGUAUUUCCUUAAAGGGACACUAUAGGCACCCAGACCACUUCAUCUCACUGUCUCCUUAACCCUGCAAUGUUAGUUAAUGCAGUUCCUGAGAAAUUACAGUAAGUACGUGUCAGGGUUAUGAUUGCCCCUAGUUGUUGUCUAUCAGCCACUAGAGGCAUUUCCUGCUUGUUAGGCAAUCUUUGGGCUAAUUGAUGCCGGAGUUCGCCACGCUCUUCAUGAGGACACCAGCAUCAGUAAAACUUCAAUGUGAAAAGCAUUGCUUUCCUAUGGGGAGGACCUAAUGCACUCACCACGGAUGUGCAUGAGCCCCGCAAUGGGUGACGAGGGAGGGAGAGUGUAAGGGUUCUAUAGUGCUAGCAAUACUAUAGUGUCCCUUUAAAGACUUCCCAUGGUGGCAUGUCAGCUUGCCUAAUAAUGCCUGUAGGAGAGUUGGAAGGGAGAUAUACAUAUCUAAAGCUCUCGCCCUGCACUGACCGCGUCUGGUUAAUCAGUUCCUGAUUAAUGAUUCCACCAGGAGCUCUUAGUUUUUUUUUUUUUUAACUCUUGCAUAUGGAUGUGUACAUAAAAUGGAGGUAUAAGGGAGAUACUGCUGGAUCCUCUAUCGAUCUUCGAGAACAUUGAAAUAUUUACAUCUGAUUUGUAUCGUGAGAAGUUGCGUUUUCAUUUUGUGUUCCUUCAGGUACCGUGAAAGGAGAAACUCUGAUAGAUCUCACCAUUGCUCCAACUUUCAGUCAUUUAUUGGUCACAGCUGAUUUCUUUAAGGAGAUCUUCAUAUUGGACUCAUCAGACAGUUCACUCAAGGAAACUGAAAAAUGGCUGAAUAAGGAGCCAGGAGCUGUAGACUGGUCUCAUGCAGCUCACUUGUCAUGUGAAAUUAAGGGUGUGAGGUAA